UUUUAACAGCUCAGUGUCUCUGACAGUUGACAGCUGAGAAAGGGACAGAAAGAGACAGAGACGCACGAUGGCUGAAUUCAAAUGGAUUCAAAUGGCUUUAUUUGGGAUACUGCUUCAGUUUACAGCGGUUACUGGACGUCACCUCUCCUUCAUUGUCAGAGAUGGUGAUGAUGUCACUUUGACUUGUGGUAAUGUGGUAGACGGUCAGGUUAACUGUGACAGGACUAACUGGGUCUUUACUGGUUCAAGAGGCAGAGAAGUAGAUCUGGUUACUGGAGGGCAGAUUGUUGAAAGAGACAAAGCUAAACGAGACAGACUGAGUGUUACAGAGAAAUGUUCUCUGGUUAUAAAGAAGGUCACAGAGGAGGAUGUUGGUCUUUACCACUGUCAACAGGGAACUGCAGACACUCAGAUGGAUCUAUCUGUUAUUAACAUGAAGGAAUCUGGAGCUGGUGAGAGGGUGGAGCUGUCCUGCUCUGUGUCGACACGUGAUUGGUGUAGACACACAGUGAAGUUGCUGUAUGAGGGGGAAGAUGCAGAUGGAGAUAUAACAUACAUGGAUAUGCAGAAUUCACACUAUGAGUGCUCAGUUACUGUGAUGUUUCCUAUUUCUAAUCUCAAGCCGAAGUCAAAGUAUCUAGAGUUGUUCAAGUGUGAAGUGAAAGAUGGUUACACAGGAGAAGUGCAGCCGUUUCCCUUCAUCCUUCAGUCCUCAGGUGAGAAACCAGGGGAGGAUGUAACAACAUCAACCACGAUGAAAACCUCAACGUCGCCUCCUGUCAGCGUUACUUCACCAUCAAAAGUUUGGUGGCUGUACCUCAUUAAGGUCAUAGGUUCAGUGGCACUCGUAAUCAUCACGGUGGCUGUCAUCAGAUGGAAGAUGACUAAAGGGGAGAAACGACAGAUGGAUGACAACGCGGGACAGAGCUUAAACUCGGCGGGGACUCAGCCCGGUCUAGAAACCAGUGAGGACACGGCUGAUCCUGAAGAUGGUGUUUCCUACGCCUCCAUCAGCUACACCAAGAAGACCAGCAGGAGAUCCCAGGUACGAAAUGACGAUGAAGGUGAUUCAGUGACCUACAGCUCUGUGAAAGUUUCCUCCUCUGCUGAUCCCAGCGACCUCUACGCCACCGUCGACAAAGCACACAAAUAAGACAGCACAGCACCCGGGAGACAUUUUAAAGCUUUGGCUACUCACUGCUGUUUUGGAGCAAAUAUUGGAAUCUUUACCUGUCAGCCUUAAUUCAUAAUGAACAGAUCCCUAACACCUUCACCAACCAGGGAAAUCAUCAACGAACAGCAAUCUCCAAAGUUCAUGUUCAUAAACAUAUUUCUUUUCAGUAACAAUCCUUCAAGCUGGAAGCUCAUGACAGUCACCACGAUUAGAGAUAAACUGGGUGAUAGUACAAACUGCUGAAAAUGAUUCUGUUUUUUUUUUUUUUAAUCUUGCUUUGUAUUUGAAUAUAUUACACAACUUUGAAACAGUUAAAUUGGUGAAGUGACUCCAAGGGAAUUUAUUAUCCAUUUCAGCACCAUGGACAGCAACAUUACAAACCUUAACAAAUGAACGC